UUCACCCUGGGCCAUGAAGUUUGGUCGGAAAAUAAGUCAAGACCUGUACAAUGAGUGGAGGUCGUAUUAUCUGGACUACAACUUGUUGAAGCGAGAAUUAAAAACUCGCACAACGUCCCACGCCUGGAACGCGCUGGAUGAACGUGACUUCAUCGCACUAUUGGAGAAGGAGCUUGAUAAGAUUCACGACUUCCAGAAGGCCAAGACCACAGAGCUUUCACGGCGGAUAAAGGACGCAGAAAAGGCUGUCAAAAGACUUGUAACGGAAGAGUAUGUUGAGAACACCAGCAGCGACGGCCAGGCGAGCCGAGAGAACGGUCACCAGCGGAAUAUCACGGAUACGGAAGCUCAGCAACGCCGGCAUAGCGUGUCGCAGGACGCCGGCUCGGACGACGACACAGAAGAUGAAUUGGAUACGGACGAUCUACAAUCGGUCGAUGCGCUGGAGGACCAGUUCUUGCUUCUUGAGGAGGAAGUCGCUACCCUAGUCGCGGACGUUCAUGAUCUCGCACUAUAUACCAAGCUAAACAUCACUGGAUUUAUGAAGAUAUUGAAGAAACAUGACAAACAAACCGGUCGUCCGCUCAAGACCAUAUUCGUCCAAGACUAUCUGGAGAAACGUCCGUUCUACAAGUAUAACUGGGAUAGCUUAAUCGUCAAGUUGUCAAAGUUGUACGAUCUUGUACGCACGAGAGGCCACCCGGUACAGGGCGAUUCUAGUGCGGGAGGAAAUCAAAGCGCCUUUGUACGCCAGACGACAAAAUAUUGGGUCCAUCCAGAUAACCUCGUUCAUCUCAAGCUCGCUAUCCUCAAGCACCUUCCUGUCCUUGUUUUUAACCCGGAUAAGGAGUUUGAGCCGAAGGAUGCAGCAAUCACUUCUAUCUAUUUCGACAACGAAGACCUCGAGCUCUAUCUCGGUCGUCUGGAGAAGACAGAGGGUGCAGAGGCUAUUCGUCUGCGAUGGUAUGGCGAUGUCGACCAAAAGACGAUAUUCGUUGAGCGCAAGACUCACCGUGAAGAUUGGACUGGUGAAAAAUCCGUCAAAGCGCGCUUUUCCAUCAAAGAGCACCUUGUCAACGCGUUCUUACGGGGCGAAUACACUAUGGACGAUGAGUUCCAGCAGUUUGUUGCAAAAGGCAAGAAGACGCAGGAGGAAGUCGACAGCAUGAUUCAGUUGGCUAACGAGAUUCAGUAUUCGAUCUUGACGAAAAAGCUUGUGCCUGUGAUGCGCACCUUUUAUAACCGCACAGCGUUCCAGCUUCCAGGCGAUGCGCGCGUGCGCAUUUCCCUUGACACGGAGCUAACGAUGGUCCGAGAGGAUGACUGGGACGGCAAGACCCGUUCAGGCGACAACUGGCGGUGGACGGGCAUCGGGGUUGAUUGGCCCUUCGAACAGCUGCCGCCAGGCGAUAAAGAGCUAUUCAAGUAUGGUGUUCUGGAAGUGAAACUCCAAACACAGUAUGGUCAGGAACCCCCGCCUUGGGUCACUGAUCUGGUGUCGUCUCAUUUGGUCGAGGCCGUGCCCAAGUUCAGUAAAUUCAUUCACGGCUGUGCUACCCUCCUUCCCGAGCGCGUAGACCUCGUGCCUUUCUGGCUCCCCCAAAUGGACGUCGAUAUACUGAAGCCCGACACUGGGGCCCUGCAGAUUGAGCGCCCACUUCAUAGCUCAUCACGAGGCACUAGCGGGUCUGAACGACAAGCUUCAGGGUCGUCUGGUGUCCUUACGCCUGAACAUCCACCGCAAACGUACGCUGAGCCCGUAUCAGAAGGCGAGGAAGACGAGCCGCUGGAUCUAGCGCCAGCCAGAGAUGAAGUCGCACGCACUGGCCUCGAGGCGUCGGAUGUCGCCGCGGCGAAAGCCUUCCGCGAGAAGGCUUUGAAGGAGCGCGAGCGGCAGGAGCAACAGACAAGCACGAAGCCGCAGCAGAGCGUCAAGGCCCGCGACACUCUGGAUGAUGACGAGGAGGAACAUGCGGACGAUGAGAUCGAAGCAGAUGAACGCACGCCGUUCCUCAAGCAGCGCAAACAGUCAAGCAGGGCGCUCGCAGGGCAGGACACCAAGGUCCGCGCAGUCUCGAUCGACCCGCUAGCGCCGUCGUCGGCGUUCGAUGAGACCCUGCGGGAUCGUUUACGCGAGGACGCAGAACGGCAACGUGCCCGGGAACAAGCGGUGGAGGAAGCGGAAGACGAAGAGGAGCAAGUAGGACCGUCUCAGAGGGCGAUGCGUGACAGCGAACGUUUGCUAGAGCGGAACUGGCGUGCACCUCCUGGAAAAAAGAUCGCGGUGCCUGUGCGGAUAGAGCCGAAAGUCUACUUUGCCACCGAACGGACUUUCCUGAAAUGGCUCCACUUCGCAAUUUACAUCGGGACAAUUGCGACGACCCUGCUCAAUUUCAUCAAGCCCGAGGACACUGCCGGACUCAUCAGUGCGGCGCUCUUCACCUUCGCUGCCCUCGCCGCCAUUGCAUACUCUGCCAUCAUCUUCGUCUACCGCGCGUACAGCAUCCGGAACCGCCACGCAGAAGGCAUGUACUAUGACAAAUAUGGCCCUACGGUGCUCUCGCUCUUGCUCGUGGCGGCCAUCGGAGCCAACAUCGGGCUGCGCCUGAGGGACAUAGUUUAGGCCUGAGCGGUGAGAGCGAUAAUGACACGCUAUAUGGACAGUUUAUUCGUUUGUGUACGUUUUUUGUCUCGUGUUCGCAACC